GGCGCUUGCGACGACGUCGUCACAUACUGAAUGGUAACUUGACGCAUCUUACUAUUACUCCUCUCACCGUGGAGGGUAUGGAGUAUGUGCUGAAUCUGUGGCAAUGAUCUGAAGACGGGGAGGAAGGAAAAAAAUAUGCGUCAACAGGGACAAGAGAAACAGCAUUGUCGAUUUGUGAAGGACAAAGUAUAAAUAGAUGUAACAUCUUGUGUUUCCACAGUCAGCCAACCAACCUCAAUCAGAGCAGUCAUUCAGUUCUCCUCUUCUGGUUUGAAGCAACUACAAGAAAUAUGCGUCAAUUCAUGACUUUGUCCUUUCUUCUGGGUGUGGCGUUGGCCGACAAUGCCUAUGCCCCCGCCCCUUAUCAUCCGGCUCCGUAUCACCCAGCCCCGUACCAUCCGGCCCCUGCCCCUUAUCAUCCGGCCCCUGUGCAUCAUCCCACCCCUGUGCAUCACCCUGCUCCUUACAAGCCUGCUCAUCAUGAUGAGUACAAAUCUCCUCCCAGGCCUUUUGCUUAUGAAUACGGCGUGAAGGACGAAUACUCCGGUGCGUACUUCGAUAAGAAGGAGACUCAAGAUGAGUACGGAGUGGUUGCCGGAGAAUACCGUGUGGCUCUUCCCGACGGUCGCACCCAAAUCGUGACCUAUCAUGCUGACCACGAGAACGGAUACAUUGCCGAUGUCAAAUAUGAAGGCACUCCCCACUACGAGCCUCAUCAUGAGAAGGGAUACAAGGCCGAGCCAGCUUACCAUCCCGCCCCCGCUUACAAGCCCGAGCCUUAUCACCCCGCCCCUUCUUACAAACACGAGCCUUACCAUCCCGCCCCAGCCUAUAAGCCCGAGCCGUAUCAUCCAGCUCCUUCCUACAAGCACAAGCCCGCUUACCAUCCCGCCCCUGCUUACAAGCCCAAGCCUGUGUACCACCCCGCCCCUUAUAAGCCCGCCCCUUAUAAGCCCGCUCCUUAUAAGCCCGCUCCCUACCAUCCCGCCCCUUCUUACAGUGGUUAAACGCUUCAAAAACAACGCACGCAUAUUUCAAUGACGCCCCAAUUUCACCAUAACUUAAUUAUUUAUGCUUGUACUACAACUCUAGGCGCCUCAUGACAAGUUAUAUCGCCAUUUCCAUCAACAAGGGUAUUAAAAAAAACUAUCAAUCAAUCGUUGCAAAUGAGCAACACGGCUACCAAAUUAUAUCGCCACUAGUCUACCAGAAAUAAAUUCAUUUGAACUUGA